GAGAUUGCUCGAAUUGUCAGUACGUGUACAGCGAUAAGCUCGCGCGGUUACGUCGUCGGGCCGCGGUCGAAUUGGAGUGAGUCGUUUGGGGGACAGUUGCGCUUAUCAGUCGCGGUGAAUUGCAUGCGAUAACGCAAAACGUCGAGGUGCAAGUCGUCCCGACGUCUGACGAUAUAGUCAAGCCCGCCGUCGCGAUGCGCGAAUUUUGAAAACUAGAGUGGAGGAGACGCUGGUUGGUUUUUAACAGCGUAAUCUCGCACAGCGAUGUCUCGUACGUGUUUCCAUAAAGAGGAAAUCGCGAAAACGUAGAUUUAAUUUUACCAGGUGUAUUCCACUUCGUUGGUGUAGUACGUGAGCGCGUCAUCGACGCGACGACUUUCCUCAUUCGGGACCGUCGACUUUCCCGACUCGGAAACGCACGCGCGCGAGAGCGACCGCGAGAAGAAGAGAAAGAGCAGAAGAGAUGUGAAUUCGGGUGACGCUUCCAACGGCGCGUAUUCAACGAGGCCACGUGGACCACGUCGGCAGCCAGGAAAAAUAUGUGCCAAUAUGUCCGAGGACGACGCGCAGGAAGCAGCCAGCGAGGAGAUCGGCGGACAGGGGUCCCUCUACGUGUUUCCGGGUGCGGGCCGCCCCAGCUGCGCGACGUCUUCGUCGUCGUCGACGACGAUGACGAUGCCGCUCCAGUCGUCCUUCCUCCACGGUGGCUCGAUGGGCAUCUCGACCUCGACAAACACAAGUACGAUGAUGACAAUCAGCAACGUGACGGUGGCCAGAACGUUCACGAGAGCCAGCAACGGCGACGAGGACGAGGACGCCGUGGAGGAGGAGGUGACAUCGCCCGCCAGGAGACGACCGUUCCCCAGAACGCACGCGAGGUCGGCCAGCCACGGUGGUGUCUUGGCGGACUGCACGACAGGAUGGCAGGCGACGUACGGGUCCUUCCUGGGCCCGUUAACGACGAGCGGCGGAAGCGCGACGGCCGCGGGUCGCCCGUCGGCGCUGAAGAAGCCGGGUCACCAGAGAGCCUUCAGUCAGGGUCAGGUGGCGGAUGUGCAAGGCCAGUCCGUAACGGGACACAAUCGUGUCGGCUCCAGAACGGACUUUAUCCUGCCUCCGGGUCACAGGGAGGACGGCAGCAGACCGCCCACUGCCGGCAGGAUGCCUUCCUUUCGAGGCCAUUCGCGUCAGGCAUCCAGAUCGGAGUCUAUAUACACGAUAAGACGUAGCGUCGCGCCUCCUUGGUGGAGGAGGAUAUGGGCCUACUGUUUUGGUCCACUGCCAGAAGAGCCUCGUUUAAGGACAAUAGUACCGAAUCACUUAGUUUCCCCAAAGACUCCAGCGAGUCAGCAUCCUAACGGUUGUAGGGUGGACAACAGGGUACGCACAACCAAGUAUACGGCGCUGAGCUUUCUACCUCGCAAUUUGCUGGAGCAGUUCCACCGUGUAGCCAAUCUGUACUUCAUAUUCAUUGUGCUGCUUAACUGGGUGCCGGCUAUAAACGCCUUCGGCAAGGAGGUCGCCAUGAUCCCGGUAGUCUUCGUCCUAGGUGUCACCGCGCUCAAGGACUUCUUCGAGGACCGCCGACGACUCGCCAGUGAUCGGCGUGUGAACAAUUCCACCUGCCGCGUCUAUGUCAGUGAGGGCGACAGAUACGUGAAGGUAGCGUGGAAAGAUGUCAAGGUGGGUGACCUGGUCCACCUCUCGAACAACGAACUGGUACCAGCCGAUCUCUUGCUUCUGCGAAGCAGUGAUCCUCAGGGAUUAGCUUAUCUCGAUACGUGUAAUCUCGACGGUGAGUCGAAUCUGAAGCAGCGCCAGGUUGUCAGAGGUUUCCUCGAUCUGCAGGAUACCUUUCAGCCUUCCAAGUUCCGAUCGGUAGUUGAGGUCGAUCAGCCAAGUACUAGAAUAUAUAGGUUUCACGGCGCCGUGGUGCAUCCAAACGGCGGCAGAGUGCCCGUAUCCACGGAGAACCUCUUGCUCAGGGAGUGCGUCUUAAAGAACACCGAUUUCGUCGAGGGUAUAGUUAUAUACGCCGGUCAUGAGACCAAGGCGUUGCUGAAUAACGGCGGACCCAGGUACAAGCGUUCCCGUCUGGAGAAAUACAUGAACCGGGACGUAAAGUGGUGUGUGGUGAUAUUGGUGACAUUGUGCCUGAUCGGCGCAUGUGGCUGCCGAUUAUGGUUGGCCACGUACGCGGACACUGUGGCGGCGAUACCGUUCCUGCCGGUGCUGCACGAGCCGCUCUACGAGAGCAUGCUGACCUUCUGGACCUUCGUCAUAAUAUUCCAAGUGAUGAUACCGCUCAGCUUGUACGUGACGAUCGAGAUGGCCAAGGUGGGGCAGGUGUACCACAUCGGCCACGACCCGGCCCUCCACGACACGGAAACUGGCCGUAAGGCCGAGUGCCGUGCGCUGAAUAUCACGGAGGAACUAGGCCAAGUGCAGUACGUCUUUUCCGACAAAACCGGCACUCUCACGGAAAACAAAAUGCUAUUUAGGAGAUGCGCAGUGGGCGGCCAGGAUUACUCGCAUAUGGGCGACAACGAGAAUCUGUUUCCGUGUGCGCGGCUUAAGGAGGACCUGCUCAUAGGUACAUUUCGACAUCGCUUACAGGAGUUUCUUAUUGUCUUAGCCACGUGUAACACGGUUGUCGUAAAUUCUCAACCGCAUCACGAUAUUAUGAACUCUAGCGGGGUCAUCGAGGAACCUCACAAAAACGGCACUUGCCCGACGAGAACGACGGAGUCGGACACAAACUCAUUUCCGACCGCUGCUUCGCCGCCGAUAUCAAUGUCUCCGAACAACGGAGCUAUUCGCACGUUAUCUCCGGUGUCACCAAUGAUCAGCACGGCAAAUACAUUCGACGACACGUCCAAGUUCCCGUUUAAACUCACUAGGCCGAAGUUGCUGAACGUAACGUCGAUACCGAGCCUGGGCAUCGGGCUGUUGGGCGGGCGCAAGCAAUCGCCUGACGGCCCGAAGAAGCGCAGCCCUCUGAGCCCGGUCGCCAUCGCGAGGAACGGCGACGGCGAGUUGCUGCCGAGUCCGGCGAUCUACGAGGCGGAGAGCCCGGACGAGCUGGCGCUGGUGCACGCGGCACGCGCGUACGAUGUCAAGUUAGUGAAGCGUUCGCCCCGCAGCGCGAUCGUGUCCUUCCCGGACAAGUCCACGUUAGCCUUCGAGAUAUUGCAUGUGUUGCCGUUCGACGCGAGCAGGAAGUGUAUGUCGGUGCUGCUGAGACACCCGCAUACUCGCGAGAUCGUGCUGUACACCAAGGGUGCCGACACGACGAUGUUGCCGUCGCUUUCAGCGAGCGACGAGAAUACCGUCGCCGCGGCCAAUAUUCGCCAGUACCUGCAAUCGUAUGCCCGUCAAGGCCUGCGCACCUUAGUAAUGGCACGUAGAACGCUGAACGAACAGGAGUACGAGGCGUGGCGUCAGAAGCACAACGAAGCGGAACUGGCAACAGAGAACCGCGAGCGUCGUAUACGCGACUCGUACACGAGCUUGGAGUCGCACUUGACGCUCUUAGGGGCGACCGGUAUCGAGGACAAGUUGCAGUCCGGCGUGCCCGAGACAAUGGCCGCCCUCGUCGGCGCCGGGAUUGUGGUGUGGGUUCUGACAGGUGACAAGCCGGAGACCGCGGUGAACGUGGCGUAUUCAGCACGGCUGUUCUCGCCGGCAAUGCAGCUGCUGCAGCUACAGGCAAGAUCCAAGUCCGUAGCUGAGGCGCUAAUACGUGGCUACCUGGAGUCAGCACGCAGGGAAAGCAUGAACAACGCAGCUCAUACGCAGGAAUCGACAGGUGUCAUGCAUCCCGCUAUGAUGUACAAUCGCGAUCCCGCGGAGAGAGACGCGCACAGGAUAGGCAGUCCAUGGUCGCGACAACGCGCUCUCGUUGUCGACGGCAAGACGUUGACCGUGAUUCUCGAUCCGCGAUCCGGUCUCACCGGCUCGUUCCUGGAACUCACGAAAACGUGCUCUAGCGUUUUAGCUUGCCGUGCCACGCCGUUGCAGAAGGCAUACAUAGUCCGCAUCGUUAAAAAGCAAUUAGGGAUGAGAACACUAGCGAUCGGCGACGGUGCGAACGAUGUCAGCAUGAUACAGACCGCCGAUGUAGGCGUAGGUAUUUCAGGUCAAGAAGGCACGCAGGCGGUGAUGGCCGCGGAUUUCGCGAUUUCCCGCUUUUCCAUGCUCAGCCAACUCCUUCUUGUGCACGGGCAUUGGUGUUACGAUCGUCUCGCCAGAAUGAUUUUGUACUUCUUUUAUAAAAACGCCACCUUCGUCUUCCUCAUAUUCUGGUUCCAGUUGUAUUGUGGUUUUUCCGGUGCCGUAAUGAUGGACCAAAUAUAUUUAAUGCUGUACAACUUACUGUUCACUUCGCUGCCACCUCUCGCUCUGGGUAUUUACGAUCGGUUCGCCGCGCCUCACGUACUGCUCUCAGCGCCAAAUUUGUACAAAAGGGGACGCAUGGGCCUAGUCUAUCAAUCGUAUUCUUUCUGGAUUACGAUCAUUGAUGCUCUGUAUCAAAGCAUCGUUAUCUUCUUCAUCGCUAAAGCCGUUUAUCACGACUCGACUAUCGACAUAUGGGAAUUUGGUACAACUGUUAUGACGGCGUGCAUCGUCGUCAUGCUGCUUCAUGCUGCCAUAGAAACUAGAUCUUGGACUAUAAUUCAUAUCGGUGCCAUCAUGGGUUCCUUGGGCGUGUUCUUCGGAUUUUGCCUAUUUUACAAUGCCGUUUGCGUCAAUUGUAUGGGUUUGCCCGGUUCCUACUGGAUAAUGGAAAAGGCUAUUACACGACACACGUACUGGCUCACAGUGGUGCUCACGUCAGUCGUUGCGUUAACGCCAAGGUUAGUAUUCAAAGCUGUCACCGUCGUUGCGCCGAGCAUCAUGCAGGUCGUUUCACUUAACGUCGCCACGAAGAGCACGCAAGUUCGCCGGCAGCGUAUCAGUCAGAGAGGCGAAGUGAACUUUAUCGCUGGAUGGUCACGCUCCUCGCAACACGCAACUAUCAGACCUGGCACAUAUACCAGUAAAAGCGACGCUCUCACAACCAUCGUCGCGUGACAGCCGCGAUCAUCAAGAUGAAACGUGUCUAUCUCAUUAACUUGGUAAGCCAACCAAAUGUCGAAAAGAAAGGAAGAAGUAGAAGACAUCCUCGUAAUUCUCUACGAAAAAUUUUAUGCGUUUUUUGUCGAUUUAGAGAACCUUCUGACCUCACUGAUAGCCACUCACUUGAUCCUUGAUGAUUCUUGACAAUCCUGCUAUAUCUUCUUUUAUAUAUAUAUAUAUAUAUAUAUAUAUAUAUAUAU